CACCCUUUAAAUGAGGAUGUGAAUUGCUGUUAUACUUGAUAGACUUUUAUACUAAGAUAGUCAUGUUAACUGUUAUGCUUCAUCAUCUUAUACUGACAGCAGCCGUUUCCCUCAAAACAUUUUCAUUUGUUGAUGGACAUGGUCAGUGUGCCAGAAAUGAACACGUUGACAUGGAAUCAAACAGAAACUACACAUCCUUUAAACUCCUGGAUACCAUUGGACUGCUACAGUGUAUCAAGAUAUGUAAGCAAUACAAACUCUGUGAGAAAAUCCACCACAAUCGGGAUCAACUGACAUGUAACCUCAUGAUGAGGUCUACAGAAAGGGGCAACGAGACGUCACUUUUGAAUGUACAAUCCAUAAAGAUGAACAGUUCUGGUUGCUCCGCAGAAAGUUGCUCGGAAACUGAAGCUUGCAUCGACAGGAUGGAUGGCAGCUUUGUUUGUAUUGACAUAGGUGUCUGUCCUACGUCAGACUGGGUAGGUUUCAACCAGAAGUGUUACUUCUUCACGGGAAGUGAAAUGACAGCUGAUGAGAACGUGGCCUUUUGUAAAGCAAGAAAUACAUCGCUUGUGAAUAUUGAUAACAAGGAGAUGACAGCUUUCCUCAGAACGGAAAUGACAAAAAGGGGAAUACCCGCUGUUUGGCUUGCUAAAGACGGCAGUGCUGCGGAGAAGAAAUGGGUAUGGAAGCCAGGAGAUGAAGUAUUGGAUAAUGCUCAGUCCAACAGUGAUGAGAUGGACCUUUUGAAUAACGAAAGUACAUAUUGGGGCGACUCGGAUGGAUGUGCAAAAGAAAAGCUACAUGCCGCGUGCGAAGUUGGUUACGCCACGUUGCCAUAGCAACUUGACAUUGUUGACAUCGCAGCUUAACCUUGUUGACAUCAUGGAACUAAACUUCCAUCAGAAAGAACAAUACUGGAACAAAAAGCUUUGAUAUUCAUACUUGUAUCAGAUAUAUAUAUAUAUAUAUAUGUUGUGUUGGAAAUAUUGUCGUAUCAGAUUGAAAUCAAGUUCAAUGUUUUGUUAUCGGUCGUUUUAUUUUGUGUACUUUCAUUUACCGAUAUGUUUACUAAUACUCCGGCGGGUACGUUCUGCCUGCCAGUACAUUAAAGACAUCACCCUCUACUCAAUAAUUUUAUUUAUGAUACUAACAUCAGAUAUCUAGUUAUCCAGUUAGUGGCACAUGAAGUAAACUUUUAUGUCGUACAUGUAAUUAUGACAUUCAUUGUAGUAUGUCAUAAUCACGGAAUAGCUAUCUCGUAAUAACGACUUGAUUAUCACGUAUUUACGACGUCGUCAUCUCGUAUUUACGACAUAGUAUGUAAUUUACACCCUGUCUACUCGUCCGUCAUACGUGUGAUUACUCACAUUUUUUUUCCUUAUGAGUCUUGACUCCACUGCUGAUAAGUUCAUAUUGUGGUGUAGAGAGACAAGGUGUCAAGAUUUGAUUUGAUCCAUGUAAACUCUAUUUUCCAGUUUUCAUAUGUUGUGUAUUAUGAGAUAAAUCGUUUUAACAAAACUUGCCCGCUUUCAUCAAUAUACCUUAAAGGGACAAUUUGGUCAAGUUUGUUUACUUUUUUUUUUUAUCAUUUCACGAAUUAUUCCAUGUAAUGUACUUUAGAACUCCUUAUGAACUAUUGUUGGCAAUAUAUUGAUACACAAUUAUGUCAUUGCAAUUAUAGUUAGUUGUUUGUGGGAUCUUAAUAGUCUGACCAUACGAUUUAUAUGCAAAUGAACAGUCGUCUAUGCAAACUUGGAUAUGUGAGGAAGCGCAAAACCGUCUCAUGACUGUAAACAACAUGGUUUGCAUUUGAAGCCGGAUAUUUUUACUGGUUUACAGAGAAUGAAUGAAAAAUUAUGGAGAAUUACUGUAAGGAUAGAAAUAUGACAGGUGUAACGUUUUUCAAACGGUUGCGAAAACAGUGAAGAAAUUGUAAGCGAGUUUGCCGAGACUUCACUUAGAUCUAGAUCUACCUACAGAGUAAUGUUGAAAGAUGUGAUAUUUUUGUUCUGUAUAACUUCUAUCAUAAUUGAAAUCGUACAUGAGCCAACUAGAGGGGCAUAAGUCGUACUCAAUUCAUUUUUAUAAGAGUAACUAAGUUUCAAAUAGCUGCUUAUAGUUAACAAUAUUCUAUAUAAGAUGCUAGAGCCAGAGACACAAGAUAUUUUUAUUCAAUUCUAUAGUCAAGCACUUACCAUAUAAAAUGAUUAUUAUAACCGUAAUUUAACGCAGUGGGAUGACCUUGUUGAUCAAAAAUUCAAAACAAAUUACACUUUGAUACAGUCAUUUACCAUCAUCCCGAUGUUGAGAUUUGAUAUUUAAUAUUUAACGAGUAACAUAAUUAUGGUUUUAACAAAACUAGCAGAAUCGAACACGUGCGUAGAUGAGGAUUUACCUUAUGUUUUUCCAUGUACCUUCAUACGAGCAGUGUCUGUUUUGUUUAUUGAUUAAACGUGU